CUAGGAAUACUAUGUUUUUUACGAGUGCUAUUAUGGUACCAAUACUAGUGUUAACUGUAUAUGAUGACAGCAUUUUAACAAUUGAACAUAUGAUAACUAUAUUAAGUGGAUUAUCACUCUUAUUUAUAAUAUGUCGAGGUCUUGUUGAUGAUGAAAAAGAAAUAGUAUGUCAAGAAUCAUUAUUGACAGCUGUGUUAGCCGAGGUUCAUUAUUUACCAGACUCAUGGGUUGGCAAAGCUCAUACUCAGCAAGUUAGCAAUCAAUUCUCUCAGAUUUUUCCUUUUAAAGCUAACUAUUUAAUAAAUGAACUGAUCUCGCCAUUAGUCACACCAUUUAUAUUAUAUUUUUGGCUACGACCUAAAGCCCUAGAAAUUGUAGAUUUUUAUCGUAAUUAUACUGCUGAUGUAGCAGGUGUUGGUGAUGUUUGUGCAUUCUCUAUGAUGAAUUUACGUAAAAAUGGUAAUCCUGCUUGGCGAUCUCCUGGGUUUAUCACUACAGACAAUCCAUUAUCAAAGUUACCACAGGUAGAUCAAGCUGAAGAUGGAAAAGUAGAAAUGUCUUUACUUAAUUUCUCAGUACGUAAUCCCACAUGGGAUCCUGUUGAUAUUGAAGCUAAAGAAUUUGUUGAAGAAAUAAUAGCUAAAACACGAAAAGUAUAUUCAUCCAGUGAUAUAGAUAUUGAUCCAAUCAUACAACAUGAAAUAUUAAAUAGUAAUUUACACAUUGCUGAUAUUCCAUCUUGUUUGCUUGGUCUUGACCAAAGUACUAGACUACUACAUAAAGAAGGGUAACUAAUAUUAUAGUUAUGAAUAAUUACACCAUAAUUAAUAUAAUUUUAAAAGAAAUAUUCAGUAUUUUUUUAUUGAAUACUUUUCUGUUUAAUUACCUUUGAAAUAUUUUUAAAGGAAGGGGGCAUUAGUAGUAGUGCAUCAAAAUUCAUGUUUUUUUAUUAAUCACUACUAUAGCAAAUAAUAAAAAAUCUAAAUUUUGAAAAAAUGAUGCAUUUAUAUCAAUAGAAAUAAGUAAGCUAUAGGUAGAUAAAACUUAUUAAAUAUGUAAUUAAUUUCUA